UCGCGGAAAAAAACAAAACCCAGCAGCAAAAAUAAACUUCAGUGUUUAAAGUUGAAGCUUUUUCAAGUUUUUGUGGCGUUGGGUCGGAGGAAAAGUCAAAGAUGGGGAAAGAAAUUGAAACUUCUCCCUCUUUGUGGCAGUGAAAGUUAUUCCAAAUAGAGAGGUAAAGUAAAUUAAUGGAAAGUGGAGGAUUGGGAUUGACCUAACAAAUUGUAUAUUUUAUCAUAUAUAUGAAAUCUUGUGUUGGUAUUUAUAUUUUAGUGGAGCCCAUUUGAGGGGUUGCAUAUGGGCAUUGCUGGCUUCGAGCAAUCUCUGUGUUCGUCUUCUUAUAAAGGGGAUUGUCAGCGGAGAAAGAGGAUUAUUAGAGACGGAGGAUCAAGAGACUUCUACUAUUUUCGUUUUUGUUCUCUUCAUCAAACAAGAUUCUGGGGCUUCUUCUUCUUCUUCUUCUUCUUCUUCUUCUUCUUGUGUAGUUUCUGAGUAUAUUAUUGCCUGUGACAUUAGGAACAAGUUUUGGGAAGGAACUGGGACCAGUAAAAAACCCAUUUUCCUCUUUUGGGGAUGAUGGAUCUGUCGAUCUAACAAUUUUACUCGCACAUGUAUUGCUGUGUCUCUUUUAGAUCUCCGUCAUUUUCAUUUGGUAUCAUCCAGUAGAAGCUGACCCCAACUGGCCAGAAUAGCCUAAUUACAGGAAGGAUUUUGAGGUAGGAUUGGUGUUAGCAUCCAUUUUGGAUGUGGAGGAGGAAUUGGAGGCAGGCUCUGGUGCAAUGAGGGAUGUUAUCAAGCUUGAUGGACUUUCUGAGGGCCUGCUGGCAGCCAUCUGCUAAUCGUCGCCGCCAUCAUCGGGGUGGUGGUUCUGAUUCAGUUGGCUGCCAAGAUGGGUUACUUUGGUACAAGGACCAUGGCCACCACAUCAAUGGAGAGUUCUCAAUGGCUGUUGUCCAGGCCAACAAUUUACUUGAGGAUCAGAGCCAGCUCGAGUCUGGCCCGUUGAGCUUGCUCGAGUCUGGACCCUAUGGAACCUUUGUAGGAAUAUACGAUGGCCAUGGCGGCCCCGAGACGUCACGGUUUGUAUGUGAUAACUUGUUCCAGCAUCUCAAGGUGUUCGCCACGGAAGAAAAGACAAUGUCUGUGGAUGUGAUAAAGAAAGCAUUCCAAGCAACAGAAGAUGGGUUUCUCUCUCUUGUCACCAAGCAAUGGCCUCUGAAUCCCCAGAUUGCGGCUGUUGGUUCUUGCUGCCUGGUUGGUGUGAUUUGUGGCGGGAUGCUCUACAUUGCCAACCUCGGCGAUUCCCGAGCUGUGCUGGGAAGGCUCGUACGGUCUACCGGGGAAGUUCUUCCAAUUCAGCUGUCAGCAGAGCACAAUGUCAGCAUACAAUCCGUCCGCCAGGAGAUGCAGUCUAUGCACCCUGAUGACUCCCACAUAGUAGUGUUGAAGCAUAAUGUAUGGCGUGUAAAGGGCUUGAUUCAGAUAUCUCGAUCAAUCGGAGACGUAUAUCUCAAAAAGCCAGAAUUUAACCGGGAGCCUUUGUAUGCGAAGUUUCGACUCCGAGAACCCUUCAGUAAGCCUAUUCUGAGCUCGGAACCAGCAAUCUCUGUCCACGAACUCGAUGUGAACGAUGAAUUUAUCAUAUUUGCUUCUGAUGGGCUGUGGGAGCACCUUAGCAACCAGGAUGCAGUUGAUAUAGUUCACAAGCAUCCUCACAGUGGAAGUGCAAGGAGGCUGGUGAAAGCGGCGAUGCAGGAAGCAGCAAAGAAACGGGAAAUGCGAUACUCGGACUUGAAGAAGAUCGACCGUGGGGUUCGGCGCCAUUUUCACGACGACACAACGGUGAUCGUGGUGUUUCUGGGGUCGAGGGCAGGGGGGAGGAGCCCUGUUGUGUCAGUGAGAGGGGGAGGAGUGAAUCUAUCUGCAAAGUCGCUGGCUCCAUCAGAGCAGAGCUCAACUCCAUGAAUGAAAAUAAUCAAAGCUUUCGAGUUUUUGAGUGCCCUCCUCUGGGAUUCAGUGACCCCACCAAGUUGUAUAUCAAGGAGAGAUGAGAGAAGGUUCACUUCAUUGUUUAAAUGCUCAGCUCAGCUCAGCUCAGCUCAGCCCAGUGUAACAUUUUUAUGUCUUUUUAACUUUCUAAUUCUAAGAACUUCUGAUGAAACUACACUCAAAAUCUGGCAAUACAGCUUCACACGUUGGGAGAUUCUUUC